CAAUUAAUUUUGGAUAAAAUAAUUUUGUGAAUAAAUUUUUGAGGUGGAGAAUUUUUUGUGAAUUAAUUUGGUUGGUUGGUCGUUGAAAUUGAAAAUGAGAAUUUAAUAAGAGAUAUAAGAGUAAUUAUACCACCAAUAUUUUUGUACAUUAAUUUCACGGGUAAAAAAAGACUUGUUUUUCAAAAAUAGGUAAAAAAAUACACAAUCAAACCCCAAAUAAGUCAUUUUUGUCCAUUUUCUAGCCCCAAUGCCACCUCCUCCCUCAUCAGCCAACUCUCCCUCGCGUUUCAAGCCCAGCCGCGGUCGAAGCUUCGCCGUCAUUCACAUCCACCAGGCCAGCCCUGACGCCCAGCCGCGCGAGUUCUUCCGGCCACCACUCGCUGACGCUCAGCCGCACCAGUCGAGUUGCCGUUCGCCUUCGGUCUCAGUCGCGUGCCGCCAUGAAUUUGCCGUUCGCCGUCGGUCGUCAUUGACUUCUUCCAGCCGCCGCUACUGCCUUGCUCUCGUCGGAAUUUCAAGAUUUGUGUAAGUUUGGGUUUCUUGUGAUUCGAGUUUGGGAGACUGUUGACGCUGCUGUCCAUAAGGUUGUUUUUGGCGGGUUAUCUUUUGGGUCGCAUUAGUGUGGGGGUUUGAAGUGGGUUUUGAAUCUAACCACAUCUUGGGACUUGACUUGAAGCUUGAGAAAGUUAGAAGGAGGAUUACUUUAUUUAACUGAAUUCUAAUAUUUGGACUGGACUUAUAAUCUAAGAUAAGUAAUCUUACUACUGGAACCACUCUUGACUCAGACAACAUAGACAGGUAUGAAUGUAAUUGAUAUUGUUUGGAUACUAUUGAUAAGCAUGAAUGUUAUGUGAAUUAAGCAAUUUUGAGGUAUGAUGCCAUUUGCUUGUGACUGAUAUGUUUUCAGGUAUGUAACAUGAUGUAUAAUGUGAAUGUUAUUGAUGCUACAAAGUAUGCCAUGAUUGUAAAGUGUUGGUUUGUCCUCCUAACACCAUGAUGUUAUAGCUUUAUGGGCCGAUGGGUUCACCAUUAUUUUACAGCUUUAUGGUUCACCAUUAUUUUAUAGCUUCAUGGACCGACAGGUUCACAAUCAUAUUACAACUCCAUUUUAGGAUGGGUUAAACCGUUCACUAGACAACCAUCUAAGGUUGGUUAGUUUUAUGAGAGUCCCACCUAGCAUGUUUGCAUUUAUUGGACAUAAAUACAUAGCCUGACCCCAGUAAUGGGGUUACGUACUGAGUUUUAUACUCACUCUUUCUUAUGUUAUGUUUUUAGGUAAAGGCAAGGAUAAGUUGGCAAACGACACGAGGAAUCCAACCAUCGGGUGAGCCAAUGACUGUGCAAUCUACAACACAAGCACUUUGUGAUUUAAUCCUAAGAUUUGAAGAGGGGAAAUAAUAAACCUGCUCGUAAAGUGAAAUAGUCAAAAGAUUGUUGGACUGCUGCUUUUAAAAUCACAGGAAGAGAUAUUGGAUUAGUGUUGUUGUUUCAGCAAUCUAGUGUUAUUGAAAGGCAAUCUCUUGGAGACACUCUACAGAAUGGAAAUGAAUUUAUUAUACCCUAUAGACAGAAAGCUAUGGACAAUCCUUAUGUUUAUGCUAUAGUAGAUGGUGCGUAUUAUGGAUGAUGAAAUGUGGAUGAAUUCAUUAACAUUAUCUUUCGUAUUAUUUUGAAUAUUUAAAUUUUGUAUCUAGACCAUUGUAAUUCAUAUUCUAAGACUAAUAAAUGUGAAAGUUAAGGUUGUAUACAAAGUCAUUGAGAUUUUAUUUUGUUCAUAUAUAAGUGAAAGAACUAUUAUUGAUUUAUACGUACGUAUCAAUUCUUUUAUUUUUUUUCAAUAAAUUAACGACGAUGGGUAUUACCAGUCAAAAAAAAUAGUUGUUAUUAGUCGGGCAAAUUUUGGACCAACAUCAAAUGCGACCGACAUCGAGAAGGUGUUAUUAAUAGGUAUUUAAUAUCGAUUGAAAACCAACAUUAAAGUCAUCUAUAAUGUCAAGCGAAAACCAACAUUAAAGGUGAUUGACAUUAAACUCCUUUAAUAACAUCUUCUUCGAUGUCGGUUAAGCUACCGACAUUGUACCUCUAUAAUAUCAAUUUUCAAAUGAUAUUAAAGACCUAAUUUGUUGUUGUGUGUGUAUUGGUGGGGUUGAGUAUAAGGAUCAUAACUUUUUUAAUAUCCUUUUAGUAAGGCUAUUUAGGGGCAUACUUUUGUGGCGAAGGUGUUCCUAUAGGAUCAGUUGAGACGUAAAGUCCGGAGAGUUGCUUGGUGUGCUAUCAUUUCUCAUGUUUGGUGCGAACAUAAUAUGUGUGCCCAUGAUGCUACCUUACAUCCUCUCCGAGUGAUUAGUUUGGUUGUUCAACCUGAGGUUUUUAUUUAUUGUUCUAAGUGGCUUGAGACUUCUCUUGUAGGGACCCAACAAGACUCUUCUCAUUGGGACCUUUUUCUUGGGUUGUGUGUGUUUUAUUUUUGUGUUUGGUUGAUUUUUGUCAUUGUUUGUUUCCUAGUUUGUAGUGUUUUGUUUGUGCCUUGACCUCGGGCUGUGAGAUCGCUCUAUUAGCAAUCUGAUACCUUUGCAAAGGGGAAAAAAUAAGAGACUUUGAUAUAACACUAUGAAAAUAAAUGAAAUUGUUUUAUAAACCGUUUAUAUAUAACCAAAACAAAAGAAUCAAAUCAAUCACUUGAUUUGAUUUAAUUUGAUUUCUUGGUAUAAAAUUGGACAUCUUGAUGUAUAUAUAUAUAUUAGGUGUAGCAAAAAAUUGAAAAACAAAAAACCAAAUCAAUCCCCUGGUUUGAUUUGAUUUGGUUUUUUAGUACAAAAUUGGGUAUCUUAGUUUAUAUUUGUAGAAAAGAAAAAAAUUAUUGGUUCUAGUUAAUUUUUUAUUAUAAAAAUAAUCAAAAUCAAGCCAAAUUGAUAUGGUAUAUAAAUACCUUUAAAAAUAAGGUCGGACUCUAGGUCCUUUUUAGUAUUUUAAUUAUUAUUUGUUGUUUAGAUAAAUGACCAAUUAUUUUGGUGCAUGUGUCUUUGUUAUUUAAGACAAAUACUUAAGUGUAGCCUUGGCUACACCUAUCUCCAUGUAGCCCACUAAUUACCAAAUUAAAACCUACCAUGUGGCAAAAAAAAUUAUUAUUUUAUUACCAUGUGAUAAAAUGUUGGGUUACAUGAAGAUUAGAUGUAGCCAAUUAAUCUUUAAGGGGCUGUUAGGAGCGUUGAAUUUAGAUAGGAUAUAUAGAGUUCAUAUAUCUAUGGAGUUUAUAUGUCUGUGUUUGGGGUGCAGAGUUAUUUGGUCUGAGUUCAUAUGUCUGUGUUUGGGGUGCAGAGUUGAGAUUAUACGUCUGGGUAUUAGAGUUGGUUGUCGGAAUUUGUUGUCGAAUGUGGUUGUCAAAGCCCCAAGUUGGUGUCGGACUUACUUGCUCAAAGAUGAUCAUUGAAUAUGAUUUUCAUCGGAGUUUAUAGUCGGAGAUGGUUGUCAGAGCCAAUUGGUCGUCGGAGUUGGGUCACUGGAAGUGGUUGUCGAAGGCUAAAAUUGGUCGCCCGAGUUGAUUGCGCAAAAGUUAUUGGAGCUCGGAGUUGGUCGCUAGAGCUGUAAUUGGAGGUGGUUUUCGAAGUCCGAAUUUCUGUCGUCGGAAUUAUCAUCGAAGGUGAUUAUUGGAGCCCAGAGUUGUCAUCGAAUGUGGUUGUCGUAGUCCGGAGUUAGUUCUUAGAGUGUGAUAGUGGAUGAUGGGUGGAGCCAUUGAAAACAUGAGAAGAAUGGAGAGUUGAGACGAGUUGGGGUGAGUUGAUAAAAUAUACCAAUUCAACUCAAAUCAUAUUUGUGAGCCAAACACCCUCUAAGAAAAAACAAAGAUAUCCAAUUUUAGUCUCUAUGAGAAAGAGAGAAACAUGCUCAAUUCUCAUUUGGAAGUAGCAAAAAGAACCAAUUCAAAACAAAAAUGGAAAGAAAAAAUGAAAAAUUGGAAAGAAAAAAAAAGUUCAGAAACCAAUAACAACCAAAUUGACAAUUUACUAAACAAAAAAAAAUCAAUCCAUUAGUUUUGUUCUUUAUUGUGGAUAUGCUACAUACUUGGUGUAACGCAAGUGUACAUGUCAAGUUAGGAUAUAAUAAAAUUACUUGAGAAAACAAGUAUCGUCUUCUAGAGAAAUUUAUGCUUAGUUAUUCUAGAAUCGUGUUGAUUUUAUUUAAGGACAAGAAUGAAUGUUUUGAUUUUUAAAUUAAAGAAAACAAAGUAAAGAUAAGAUUAGAAAUUCAAAAGACAAAAAUGUUUUCAGGGUGUUGAUUUCCUUAAUUAGUUCAUUAAAUCUUACAAAUGUUUCUAUGAACUAUUGUGUUAAUGAUAUCUCUAAGUCUAAAAACUAUUUUUCGGAUUAUUACCUUUCAAUAAUAGUAUUUUCUCAUGCAAAUAAAUUGAUUACUAAUUGAAACUAAAUUAGGAAGCAUGACAUUAAGAAUAGUCUUGAUCAACGUUCAUUACCAACCUAAUUAUUUUCAUGAUAGAUUAGAUAAUGAUCCAAUAUUAUAAGUUCAAUUACACAUGCAGUCUUUCUAAUUAAACAUUUAAUUUAACAUAUAUUGAAGAUCAAUCAAUGUAAUAAGUACAAUAAUAUUAAAAAAUAUUCAUAAUCACAACAUCCAUAAAAAAAUACUGGUUAUUAAUUUAAAUUCAUAAAGAAGUUCAUCAACACCCUAAAACUAAAACAUUUAGCCACUCAUCAUCGUCGCAAUCAUACUCUCAUACAUUGCAACAACCAUGAAAAAGUAAAGAGAAUAAAGAGAAGAGAAAAACUACAAUUGUAAUGAAUCCCAUCGAUGAACACAUUAGAAAAACCUUAAUUUGUAUAUCGAGAUCUCGAACGACCUCCAAACGAACCUCUAGAUCUCUCAAACUCUAUUUUCUAGCUAAAACCCUCUAUAAGGCUCUAAUUUCGUGCUUGACUGAAUGAAUUCAGUUGCCAAAAACCCUAGGAUAAAUAACCAAAAUGAUUUUCAAAAUCCAUACUUUUUUCCUAAAAUAACUCAUGGCGCUGUGAUGCUCUAGGAUAGCACCAAUUUAGGUGCGUUUAGGAUAGAACCAAUUUUGACCUCCUUAGACGUAUUUAAGUCCUUUUUAGCUCUUUUCAACUCUAAACUUCAUUCUCUUACUCAAAUCUUGGAAAACACUAGCAAACGACAUUAAAUUUAAUAAAAUCAUAUAAAACCAUUCUAAAUCUAAGAAAAAUAACACAAAUUUAGGUGCGUUUGAAUUGUACAUCAAUUUGAUUCCUUCUUUAUAAAACUGAUUAAUUUGGUUAAGUUCUUCAUUGACCCAGAGUUGACAAAUCAAAUCAAUUUUCACCUUAAUUUUUGACACCAAUAGUACAAGUUUUAUGCCAAUCAAGUAAUAUUGAUGUAUGACAUAAAAAUAAAAAGUAUAUUUAAUGUAAAUGGCUGACAUGAAUAUUCUAAAAUGUAAAGUUGGUUCGAACAUAUAAGCUAGUUCUUUUUUUAAGAUAUAUACCAUUCCGUUCCCAAGAGUUCUUAUUUUGUAGAAGACACUUAAAAUUUCUAUUUAAAAAAAAAAUGUUAACAUGACAUACAUUUACUGCAACCUAGGGAUCACAUAUAUAUAUAAUAUUCGAGUCCGAUGAGUCUUUUAUGGUUGUUGAUGACAUCAAUCUAAGGGUUCAAGAUAAUAUUAAUUUAUUUUAUUGUUAAUAGGACAUGGACUAAGGAUAAGAAUUAUGGUAAUUACAUUGAACAACUUAACCUUUGGCAAUAAAAUAAUAGGUUGAAUGAGUUGAAUUUGGACUGAAGCAAAUCUGUUAAUUUAUCUGAAAUUUCUUAAUUACUUGGAUUUGAAAGAAGAAAAAACAGAAAAACAAAGGGUAUAGAAGGGCAUAAUAUAAUCUAAUUAGGAUGGGCAAGUAAUGAAUUAAGAUCUUAACAAGUAGAGUUGAUGAUAUGAUUCAUGGAUGGAUAUGUUAAUUGAAAGAAAAAGAGAGAAAAAUAUUAAUUAUUAGAAAAAAUGGGAAAAGUAGUCAUGUGUUGAAAGAAAUAGAAUCCACAUGAAUUGCCCUAAAAAAUAGAGGGUAAUGAAUGGGAAAAAGUUUUCUAAGUUAAGAGUGAGGAAAGAAGGGGGGAACCCUAAUUUAAGGAUAAUAUUGUUGAACAGAUCAAAGGAUGAGAAAAAUAGGGAAAAUGCUAAAAAUGGGGUAUUAAAAUGGGUAUAUAAGCACCCAACUGAGGAAUGGGAAAAUCAAGCUCCAGGGAGAAGUUGAGAAUAAAAUCAAGCCUCUUUAUUCUUUUCUGAUAGAAUGACAUAACAAGGGAUUUACAUUUUUAUUUUGUAUUAAUUCUUUCUCUUUUGUCUCAGUGGAUGUAAGGGCCUAUCAGUUUCUUAUAUAUAUAUAUAUGUAUAUAUAUACUAGACUACUUAGUUACUAGUUGUGUAUAUAUAUAUAUAUAUGAACCUCUGUUUCUGAAAGGCCCCCAUAUAAUCCACUGGUGAAAUCUUUUCUAUUCAAUUACCCAUCUCAUAUUUUGAAAGAAUUGAUAUAAAGAAACAUAUUUUAUCACAGAGAUUAUUGUAUCUAUCUGUAAUCCCAAUUAAUCCCUUACAUUUUACAAGGAAAGGAAAAAAAAGAAUAAUAAGAUGGCUGGAGGAGGAAUUGUUGUUCAAGGAGGAAGGAAUUAUGAGGGAGGAAUCACUGGUUUUGUCAUCGUCACCUGUUUGGUGGCUGCCAUGGGAGGCCUUCUCUUUGGUUAUGAUCUUGGAGUUUCAGGUGGGGUUACUUCAAUGCCAAGUUUCUUGAAUGAAUUUUUCCCAUCUGUUGUGAAGAAGAUGAAGGGUGCCCAUGAAAGUGAGUACUGUAAAUUUGACAGUGAACUCCUAACUUUGUUUACCUCUUCUCUAUACCUUGCUGCUCUCGUGGCUUCCUUCGCCGCCUCCGUCGUGACCCGCAAGUUUGGGCGGAAACCGUCCAUGUUUUUUGGGGGUUUUUCCUUCUUAAUUGGCUCCAUUCUUAAUGGUGUUGCUAAUAGCAUUGCUCUGCUCAUCAUUGGUCGAUUGUUGCUUGGUGUUGGCGUUGGAUUUGCCAAUCAGUCUGUGCCAGUUUACCUUUCUGAAAUGGCACCAGCCAAACUCAGAGGUGCUCUGAACAUGGGCUUCCAAAUGGCCAUCACAAUCGGCAUCUUGGUGGCCAGUCUUGUCAAUGUCGGUACAGCCAAAAUCGAAGGCGGAUGGGGAUGGAGAGUCUCACUCGCUCUCGCCGCAGUCCCCGCCGUGAUGAUGACUGUCGGAGCCGUCUUCCUUCCCGAUACUCCUAACUCCAUUCUCGAAAGAGGGUUCACAGAGAAGGCCAAGGCAAUGCUCCAGAAAGUUCGCGGUACCGACAAUGUGGAAGAGGAGUUCCAAGACCUAUUGGAUGCUAGUGAAGCAGCAAAGAAAAUAGAUCAUCCAUGGACAAACAUAAUGAAGCCACAAUACAGACCUCAGCUCGUGAUGUGCACUAUGAUCCCAUUCUUCCAGCAACUCACCGGCAUCAACGUGAUCAUGUUCUACGCUCCUGUUCUUUUCAUGACUCUAGGAUUCGGCGACGAUGCAUCUCUAAUCUCCGCCGUCAUCAGCGGUGGCGUCAACGUCCUGGCAACCUUAGUCUCAAUCUUCACAGUGGACAAAUUCGGGCGAAGAAUCCUGUUCCUGGAAGGGGGAGUACAGAUGUUCAUCUGCCAAAUCCUGGUGGGAACCCUAAUUGGCGUCAAAUUCGGACUCAACGGAGACGGAACCCUAUCGAAAUUCGAUGCAAACCUGAUUCUAUUCCUGGUGUGCACAUACGUAGCGGCAUUCGCCUGGUCAUGGGGACCAUUAGGUUGGUUAGUACCAAGUGAAAUCUGCCCGCUGGAAAUCCGAUCUGCAGGACAAGCAAUUAACGUAUCAGUGAACAUGUUCUUCACCUUCAUCAUCGCUCAGGUGUUCUUGGCGAUGCUCUGCCAUAUGAAAUUCGGACUGUUCUACUUCUUCGGAGGGUUUGUGUUGAUAAUGACGGUGUUCAUCUAUUUCUUCUUGCCGGAGACCAAGAAUGUGCCGAUCGAAGAGAUGAACAGAGUGUGGAAGGCGCAUUGGUUCUGGGGCAAGUACAUUCCCGACGAGGCGGUCAUCGGCGGCCAUGUUGAGAAGCACGGUGGCGAUGUUUGAGGAAACCUUCCCAAAACAAAAAUAAAUUUAAAAAAGAAAAAGAAGAAAAGGAGAAAAACAAGCUAUUUUAUAAAUAUCAAGUAUUUAUUUAAACGUUUAGCCUCGUGUAUUUCUUUAUUCAUGUUUCUGUUUCAUGGGGCGCUUGUUUUUCUCACUGUACAU